AUGUCAGCCAUUAAGAACGUUGCCAUUGUUGGUGCAGGAGGUCGCUCUGGAGGUUUCAUUACCAAAUAUCUACUUGAGACUGGCAAACACACCGUCACAGCUCUUACUCGCAAGGGCAGCUCCUCAAUGUUACCAGCCGGAACCGUUGUCAAGGAGAUUGAUUACGCGGAUGCCGACACUAUUGUGGAUGCUUUAAGAGGCCAGGAUGCCCUUAUCAUCACCCUUUCUGUCCAGGCUCCCGAAGAAACCAACAUGAUUCUCGUAAGCGCGGCAAUCGAAGCCGGCGUGUCGUGGAUCAUGCCCAACGAAUGGGGGCCAGACAAUGCGGACGCCAGUGUGAGGAAAGACAUUGCCGCCUUCGAAUCAAAGGGACUUGUUCGAGAUGCUAUUGCAGCUUCCAAAAGCACCAAGUACAUUUCCCUAGUUACAGGGUUUUGGUACGAGUGGUCACUAGCCUUCCCUCUCGGCUUCGGCUUCGACAUCAAGAACCGCAAGGUUGUUUUCUACGACGAUGGCAGCAUCAAGAUUUGUACAAGCACAUGGCCGCAGGUUGGACGCGCAGUGGCCGCCAUUCUCUCAUUGCCAGCAACGUCAACCACAGGGCCUAGCCUAGAGUCGUAUGCCAACCGCCUGGUGUACGUCAAGAGUUUCACCAUCAGCCAACGCGAAAUGUUUGCCUCGUUACUCCGCACAACAGAAACUACAGAAUCGGACUGGACGAUAACUCAGGCACCUGCGAGAGAGCUCUAUGCCGCUGGCGUCGCUGAACUGCAAGCUGGCAACAGGAACGGCUUUAUCAAGCUUCUUUACACACGUAUCUUCUUUGAUGACGGUAAUGGAAACUUUGAAGCCAAGCACGGCGUCAGAAACUCGGAGCUUGGAUUGCCUGAAGAAGACCUAGAUGAGGCAACUAGAAUUGGAAUAUCUAGAGCAAAUAACCCGGCGCAGUAG